GUGUACUGUACAUUAACGCAACGAAUUAUUCCUAGUUUAAUCCCGCAGCUCUCCUUGUUAGCACAAGAAGAAGGGAUGGAUACGGGAAACUUAUCCACCAAGUUACCUUAAAAAGUCGAAAUUAUUAUUAUUACUCAAUCCUUCUUAAAUAUCUGUCAAUUUCACUCAAAUCAACCCGUAUAAUUUUUCUUUUUCUUAGUCUAGCAUCAUGUCUCUCCCAGCAGAUAGAUCCCAAAUCGCCUUCUUCGACGUUGAAACCACCGUCCCCACUCGACCGGGCCAGGGUUUUGCCAUUCUCGAAUUCGGAGCCAUCCUUGUUUGUCCUAGGAAACUCGAGGAGCUCCAUAGCUACUCAACUCUCGUCCGACCGGCCGAUCCCUCUCUCAUUUCCUCUAUCUCCGUCCGCUGCAAUGGAAUUACUCCGGACGCCGUCGUCUCUGCCCCUUCCUUUGCUGAAAUUGCCGAUACCGUCUACGACAUUCUCCAUGGGAGGAUAUGGGCGGGUCAUAACAUUGUGAGGUUUGAUUGUGCAAGAAUAAGAGAGGCAUUUGCGGAGGUGGGUCGGGCCGCCCCCGAGCCAAAGGGAACGAUUGACUCCUUGGCUUUGUUGACGCAGAGGUUUGGAAGGAGAGCUGGUGACAUGAAGAUGGCCACUCUAGCAACCUAUUUUGGGCUUGGGCAGCAGAAACAUAGAAGCUUAGAUGAUGUUCGGAUGAAUCUUGAAGUUCUCAAGUAUUGUGCGACAGUCUUAUUCUUGGAAUCAAGCCUCCCAGACAUAUUCACAGCCAACAGCUGGGUUUCCCCUAAUGCUACUACAAGAAGUCGAAGUAAUGGUAAACCAUCACCAGCGGGGACAAGCCAAAACCUUAGUACUCCCUUUUCAAGACCUAAGUUUGAAGAUGCUCCAAAUUUGUCCUCCCCUGAUUUAGGAACAGGGGAAGACCUUCCUAUAUUAUCUUUGGUAACUCACAGACAAGGGGAGGAGUUCUCUGAUUCAGCCGUAGCUAAGCCGGAGCGAACAGAUUCUUUUGAUAUGGGCAGACUUAGUGAUCAGAUGGAAACCGAAUCCCUUCAGCCAGAUGUUAGCAUGGAAGAAAAGACAGAACUAGUGUCUCCCAAGAUGGAUUCAGCAGCUUCUGUUUCUGAGGGUUCAAGUGGCCAAGAUGAAUUUAUAAAACCUGAUGAAGUUUCAAUUCCUAACAUCAGUGCCUGUUUCGUACCACUGUUUCGUGGUGGUCAAAUUAAGAGAAUUAAAAUAUUGCACAAAGAUGUCAUUUUGCAGCUUUAUUGUGCUCGUUUAAGAGUAAGAUUUGGAAUAAGUACAAAGUUCGUUGAUCAAGCUGGUCGGCCGCGGUUGAAUUUUGUGGUUGACAUAUCUCCAAAUUUAUAUGAGGUUCUUGAUGCAUGUAAUAAUGUUGCACAUAAAUUUGCCGUGGAUUCUGGUAGUAGCUCUGACUGGAGGUGUGUUGUGUCCACAAAAAAUGGCCCCUUUAACUAUCCCACGGCAAGAUUACAUAUACCUACUGUCGUAAGUGGCAAUGUUGCUCAAUAUGGCACAGAGAUAUGCCAGAAAGAACCAUCCGGGACUGUACGCAAGCUUGUGUUUGAGAAAUUUGAUGCUGCAGAACUCGAUGCCUUGUUCCAACCAGGUACCUUUGUGGAUGCAUUUGUCUCCUUGGAACCAUAUGACUAUCAGCAGAGUGCAGGCAUCCGAGUAGUGGCAAAAAGGUUGAUUAUCCAUUCUGAGUGAUGGCAGAAAAUGGUUCUCUGACAUCACCAGCUAUCUAACCUUUCAACUAGGUAGACUGACAUGUAUAUAGAAAAUUGAUUUUCAUUUAUAGGAGAUGACAUUGCUGAUUGACAUUGAACUUAAAUAUUCAUCUGUAAAUACAAUUAAUUGACCAUUUAUUUUAAAAGUGAUGUUGCUGGUC